UAUGUCUCGAAAAAUAUACCAUUAGUAAUAAGAGUCGCUGUAACGCCAAAUGGCUAUGCAGAUGCAGUAAUUAAAGGAGAUGACGGUACCAAGGAAUUUUUCGUAAUGCCCGAGGAACGUUUACUCACAAUAUCAGCGUUUCUUGACACAUUAGAAAACACGAUAGAAAACAGCGUAUUUUAUAUACAGAAACAGAACUCAAAUUUUAUACACAACUUUUGUAAGUUGUGGCCGGACGCAGAAAUUGAAAUAUUGUGGGCCAGCAAAGCAUUUGGAAAGCAUCCUGAUGCUGUAAACUUUUGGAUGGGAGACGAAAGAGCUGUAACUUCUAUGCAUAAAGAUCCUUACGAAAAUAUAUAUCGUGUUGUGUCUGGUGAAAAAAACUUUACUUUACAUCCUCCCACGGAUUUACCAUGGAUUCCAUAUCAAAAUUAUCCAUCUGCUGUUUACAAGGAACACAAACCCGGGAAAUGGAUUAUUGAGUCAAUUAAUGAAACGCUUGAUUCAGCAAGAAUCACAAAUUUAACAUCAACACUAUGGAUAUGUGUCGAUUCUUUAAAUCCGGAUUGCGAAGUUUAA